GGACUAUUGGGGACUGAUCCUCAUUCGGGGUUUGGGUUUCCCACGGUCUCAGGGAGGUGGAAAACUGACACCCUUAUGCCUGAAUGCAUGCACCAGAGGCUGAGGACACCCCCACUCUCCUCACUGCCAGCCUCUCACCUAGCUUCCGAAGCUCCGGACUUGGACGUCUGCUGAACGAAAUGGUCACAGCUAUGAAUGUCUCGGACGAAGUAGACCAGCUGUUCCAGCCUUACAACUUCGAGCUGUUCCAGGACAUGAGGCCCUUUUUGGAGGAAUACUGGGCAACCUCAUUCCCCAUAGCUCUGGUCUACCUGCUGCUCAUCUUUGUGGGGCAGAACUACAUGAAGGCACGGAAGGGCUUCAACCUACAGGGGCCUCUGAUCCUUUGGUCCUUCUGCCUUGCAAUCUUCAGUAUCCUGGGGGCAGUGAGAACGUGGGGCUAUAUGGGGACCGUGCUACUUAGGGGCAGCCUAAAGCACACUGUUUGCUUCUCCGUCUUCAUCCAAAAUUCCGUAAUCAAAUUCUGGUCCUGCCUCUUUCUUCUCAGCAAGGUCAUUGAACUUGGAGACACGGCCUUCAUCAUCCUGCGUAAGCGGCCACUCAUCUUUGUACACUGGUAUCACCACAGCACAGUGCUAGUGUACACGAGCUUUGGAUACAAGAACAAGGUGGCUGCAGGCGGCUGGUUCAUGACCAUGAACUACGGUGUGCAUGCCAUCAUGUACAUCUACUACACUCUGAGGGCUGCCAAAGUGAAGUCCCCCACGUGGUUACCCAAGCUCAUCACCAGCCUGCAGAUCCUGCAGAUGUUUAUGGGAACCAUUGUCGGCAUCCUAACUUACAUCUGGAGACAAGAACAGGGAUGCCACACUACAACGGAACACUUCUUCUGGUCCCUCGUUUUGUACAUGACCUAUUUCAUUCUCUUUGCCCAUUACUUCCACCACACCUACAUAACGCCCAAGGCCAAAGCCAAGACCAAGAGUCAGUGAAGGGCUGGAGAAAAAGGAGCCCCAGUCUCUCUCCCCACCAAGGCACUGAGGGGCUGAGCUUAGGUUUGGGAGAAUGAUUAGGAUGCCUUUCCUGCAUGGUUUUCCCCAUGGGAUGUGUGCCCCAAGGUGGCAGGAAGUUAUGUCAGACAAGAAGUGUCAGCCCUGGGAUGGGG